AUGGCGCUGCCCGCGCCGCAGUCGCGCCUGCUCGCGCGCCUCAAGACGCCCGGCUUCGCCGGCUACAACCUCGCCUGGUCGCCCUUCUACCCCGACCGCCUCGCCGUCGCCGCCGCCGCCAACUACGGCCUCGUCGGCAAUGGAAAGGUGUUCGUCGUCAACUGCCGGCCUGGCGCGCCGGGCAGCGACGGCGCGCCAGGCAUGGCCGUCGAGCGCGGCUUCGACACGCAGGACGGCCUGUACGACGUGGCGUGGUCCGAGGUGCACGAAAAUCAGCUCGUGACGGGCAGCGGCGACGGCAGCCUCAAGCUCUGGGACAUUACGCUCGCGGACCACCCGAUCCGCAUGUGGGCCGAGCACCAGCGCGAGGUGUUCAGCGUCGACUGGAACAACCUCAAGAAGGAGGUCUUUGCCAGCAGCAGCUGGGAUGCUAGCGUUCGCGUGUGGCAUCCGGAGCGGCAGCAGUCGAUCCUCAACCUCACAGCCCACACCGCGUGCGUGUACGGCGCGGCGUGGUCGCCACACAACGCCGACCUGCUCGCGUCGGCGUCAGGCGACGGGCACCUGCGCCUCUUCGACGUGCGCGUCGGCGACGGCCCGCAGUCGCCCGUCGCCACCGUGCCCGUCGGCGGCGAGGUGCUCUCGCUCGACUGGAACAAGUACCGGCCCAUGACAAUAGCGACGGGCUCGACGGACCGCGGCGUCAAGGUGUGGGACCUGCGCGCGGCGGCAUCACGCGCCGCCGCUGUGGCGCCCGGCCCAGCGCCGGCGCGUGCCAUGAUGGGCGGCGAGUGCACGGCGGUGCUCAUGGGCCACGAGUACGCCAUCCGGCGCGUGGCGUGGUCGCCGCACUCGGCGUCCGUGCUCGCCAGCGCCUCGUACGACAUGUCGGCGCGCAUCUGGGACGCCGACCUCGGCGCAGCCAUCAACGCCGGCCCGCGCGUCGGCGCGCAGAACGCCCAGCGCGCGCGCCACGACCUGCACACCGAGUUUGUCGUCGGGCUCGGGUGGAGCCUGUUCAACGAGGGCGUGCUGGCGAGCUGCGCGUGGGACUGCGAGACACAUCUGUGGGCCGCGGGCUAG